AUAUCGACAACGACAAUCCGACAUCUAUCCACCCUUUCCAACGCCAAACUAGACCGGUGGAUUGAAGCCUUCGCCAUGGCUCAGAUCGAUAUCAAGGCCUCGUCAUGGAAGCUCGUUGAGGUGGGCCGCGUUGUGCUCAUCCGGAGCGGUCCUUAUGCGGGAAAAUUGGCUGUUAUUGCUGAGAUUAUCGACCACAAGCGCGUCCUGGUCGAUGGUCCUUCAGGCAAAGAGAACAAUGUCGUUCCUCGUCACGCAAUUGCCCUCGCUCACGUCUCCCUGACCCCUUUCACCAUUCCCAAACUCCCGCGCGCUGCUGGCACAGGACCCAUCAAGAAGUUGUGGGAGAAGGCUGAGAUCGACGCCAAGUGGGCACAGAGCAACUAUGCGAAGAAGAGAGAACAGCAAGAACGGAGACGCAACCUCACCGACUUCGAGCGCUUCAAGGUUAUGAGACUGAAGAAGCAGGCUCGCUACGAGGUGCAGAAGGCACAAGCUAAGGUCCGCGCAGCUUCGUGAAUGUGAUGAGGGCGAUGCUAAGGCUGAGGGAAUGGAGAAAGGGCUUCUCCUAAUGGUUGGAGGUCGCUCGAUUUCCAUUCAAACAAAUACAGCUGGAAUCAAUGUCAUUCCGAUAUUGAGAACUGCGACUUUUGCAAAAUCUUUUCUUAAUGAAUCGGAAUAAAUGGCUAUGUUCCUUGACAACUUCCUACUUCUGCCUGUCUAGGAAUACCAGUACUGGUGUGCUUUCUGGCGCCUGUGGGUAUGGUUUGUAGCAAUGUGAUUACAAUUUGCAUUAAAUGCUGUAGAAUUCACG